CACUAUCAUCAUCACCAUCGUUCAUGAAUAUUUGCCCAUGCGUGGAUGAUGGUUGUGUGUGUUUGUUGGGGUGUUCAGGAAGCAUGUGACGCGAAUAUUUGUUUCAAUUUGUUAAAAGAAGAAUGGUGAAAGAACAGUUUCGUGAGGCUGAUGCCUCCAUGAAAAUUGGUCAAAUUCGCUUUGGGGUGUUGGAUGCCAAAGGUAUUGAGCUGUUAAGCCACAUUCACUGUGUGAGUAAGAACCUUUACCAACAGGAUUGCAUGCACAAGGCGGUUCCUUACGGUGUGCUGGACAAUAGACUGGGUACUAGUCAGAAAGAGAAAAAGUGUGAAACAUGCGCCAAAGGCCUCGCAGACUGCAUCGGUCACUAUGGAGUUGUUCAACUCGAGUUGCCAGUUUUCCACACGGGUUACUUUCGUGCAAUCCAAAACAUUUUACACUGCAUCUGCAAAACAUGUUCUCGCAUUCUUCUCCCUGUUGCUGAGAGAGGUCACUUCUUAGAAGCGCUCCACAGACAAACUUUGUCGUAUUUACAGAAGAAAGCGCUUCAUAAAAAGAUAACCGAACGUUGCCGAAAGCAGUCCAUCUGCUCCUUCUGUGGUGCCCCAAAUGGCCAAGUGAAGAAAUGUGGUCUUUUAAAGAUACUUCACGAGCCUUUCAAAUCAUCCAAGAAGAAUGACCCAAUCAUUAAGGAGUAUUUACAAGAUUUCGACUAUGCUCGGACAUACAAUCAGGAAAUUGACACUGUCUUGGGAAAAGCGACGUGCGAUAUUCUCAACCCGUUAGUCGUUCUCAAUUUAUUCAAAAGUAUCCGAGAUGAGGAUGUUCCACUGCUGGUGAUGAACACUGAAUGUGGCCGACCGGAAGACCUUAUAAUCACCCGAAUUCCAGUGCCACCACUCUGCAUAAGACCUUCCGUCGUGUCGGAGCUCAAAUCAGGCACAAACGAAGAUGACGUAACGAUGAAGCUAACGGAGAUAAUCUUCCUGAAUGACGUUAUUCAAAGGCACCGUGCAUCAGGAGCCAAGAUGCAAAUGAUAAUGGAAGACUGGGACUUUCUGCAGCUUCAGUGCGCCCUCUACAUCAACAGCGAGACGAGUGGCAUCCCGCUAAACAUGCAGCCUAAGAAACCGACUCGAGGCUUCGUUCAGCGACUUAAAGGAAAACACGGUCGCUUCAGAGGCAACCUGUCGGGCAAGAGGGUCGACUUCUCCGGGAGAACUGUCAUCUCGCCUGACCCAAACUUGCGCAUUGACCAGGUGGGUGUUCCCGAGCACGUUGCCAAAAUCCUCACUUACCCCGAACGUGUAACACCCCACAACUUAACGCUGAUGCGCCGUCUGAUACGGAAUGGAUGCGAUGUACAUCCUGGAGCCAACUUCCUGGAACAGCGUGGGAGUGGUUUUAAGCGCUACCUACGCUACGGCAAUCGAGAGCAGUUGGCACAGAACUUGCGCCUGGGAGAUGUGGUGGAACGCCAUCUCAUGGAUGGUGAUAUUGUCCUUUUUAACAGACAGCCUUCUUUGCACAAGCUGAGCAUUAUGGCACACAUUGCCAAGGUGCUUCCCCAUCGAACGUUCCGCUUCAACGAAUGCGUCUGCACACCCUACAAUGCUGACUUUGAUGGAGACGAAAUGAACCUGCACCUCCCCCAGACAGAAGAAGCACGUGCAGAGGCACUUGUACUCAUGGGCACCAAAGCAAACUUGGUCACACCUCGUAAUGGAGAGCCUCUCAUUGCAGCUAUUCAGGACUUUAUCACUGGAGGCUAUCUUAUCACUCAGAAAGAUGUCUUCUUUGACCGUGGGAAGGCUUGUCAAUUAGCGUCUUAUAUUUUGGCAGACGUCCCCAUGGCAUUGGAACUUCCUCCACCUGCCAUCCGUAAGCCCAUGGCAUUGUGGACUGGAAAGCAGGUAUUCAGCCUUAUCCUGCGUCCAAGCUCAAAGAGUCAAGUCCUGCUCAGCCUUCGUGCCAAGGGAAAAUCUUAUACAAAAGAUGAAGAGAUGUGCAUAAACGAUGCUUACGUUCUCGUACGCAACAGUCAGCUGCUUGCAGGUUCUAUGGACAAAGGAACCAUGGGAUCAGGUUCCAAGAACAAUAUUUUCUACAUCCUUCUGCGCGACUAUGGGCAACAAGCAGCCGCAGAUGCUAUGUGGCGCUUGGCGAGAAUAGCGUCCUUUUUCAUACAGAACCGAGGUUUUUCUAUCGGCAUCGGCGACGUCACUCCAGGAGCUGGACUCGUUCGUGCUAAACAGGAACUUGUCAACGCUGGCUAUAGCAAGUGUGAAGACUACAUUCAACAGUUGAAAAAUGGCAAGCUUCAAGCGCAGCCCGGAUGCAACGAAGAUGAAACGCUGGAAGCGGUGUGCCUCAAGGAACUGUCCGUCGUUCGAGACCAUGCUGGGAAGGCUUGCCUGAGGGAACUGCACAAAACAAAUAGUCCUCUCAUUAUGGCUGUGUGUGGUUCCAAAGGUUCCUUUAUCAACAUCAGUCAGAUGAUUGCGUGUGUAGGACAGCAGGCAAUCAGUGGGCACAGAGUCCCAAACGGUUUUGAAGAUCGUUCACUGCCACACUUUGGGAGACACGACCGCUCACCACAGGCGCGUGGUUUCGUCGAGGACAGUUUUUACUCUGGUUUGACACCAACUGAGUUCUUCUUCCAUACCAUGGGUGGAAGAGAAGGUUUGGUUGAUACAGCUGUCAAGACAGCAGAGACAGGUUACAUGCAAAGGAGAUUGGUGAAAUCAUUGGAGGAUCUUUGCUCCCACUACGACAUGACUGUUCGCAACUCAUGCGGGGACAUUGUCCAGUUCUGCUACGGCGCAGACGGCCUCGAUCCAGCUGCCAUGGAGGGGAAAGACUGCACACCAGUGGACUUUGCCCGUGUGCUGGAAUUGACGCGCGCUCGCAUACCAUGCCCAAAUGAAGCCUCCUUGGAUGAACGAACUAUUUUACACCUGAAUCAGGAAAUGCUAGACAGAGAGGAGAUGAGCAAGUGUGGAGAGAGUUUCCGCAGCGCUCUCUCUCACUUUGUGAAAGGCUUUGCAGAAAAAGUGGGGCACACAUGGAAGAAGCAUGGAAUCAAGGGCCAUAAGACAAAGCCUCGAAUAUUGCUCCAGCUGGACAGGCUGACUGUGUCACAACUGCAGAGCUUCUACGACACAUGUCGAGGAAAGUAUCUCAGGGCCGUCAUGGAUCCAGCAACAGCAGUGGGUGCAGUGUGUGCACAAAGUAUAGGAGAACCAGCAACGCAGAUGACGCUUAAGACAUUCCACUUUGCUGGUGUAGCAUCCAUGAACAUCACUCAGGGGGUUCCACGCAUCAAGGAGAUCAUCAACGCCAGUAAGGUUAUCAGUACACCCAUAAUCACAGCUGCACUUCUGAACGACACGGACCCCGAAUAUGCCCGUAGAGUGAAAGGCCGUAUUGAAAAGACCCUCCUGGGUCAGGUGUCGGAAUAUCUAGAGGAAGUGUUCCUUCCAGACGACUGCUUCCUCCUCAUUAAGCUGGAUCUGGACCGCAUCCGUCUCCUGCAAUUGGAGGUGAAUGCGGAGACAGUCCGCUAUUCCAUAGCCACUUCCAAGGUCCGAGUCAAGUCUCAGAACAUCCACGUUGUGGGUGCAGCACUGGUGACUGUCCGUCCGUCCGAGACGUCAAAGACCUCCCUAUAUUAUGCGGUGCAGACGUUAAAGGAACAGUUGCCCCACGUUGUUGUCCGUGGGAUACCGACUACCUCUCGCGCUGUCAUCCACGCAGACGCUGGGCUACUAACACGCUACAGGCUCCUAGUCGAAGGAGAUGGUUUACGAGAAGUGAUGGCAACGUACGGUGUCUGCGGCACAAAAACUACCUCCAAUAACACUGCGGAAGUGGAGAAGACUCUGGGCAUCGAGGCAGCCCGAUCAACGAUCAUCCGCGAAAUCGGGGUCACCAUGGAGAGUCACGGCAUCAGCGUAGACAAGCGCCACCUCAUGCUCCUAGCGGACCUCAUGACCUUUCGUGGGGAAGUACUGGGAAUUACGCGCCAUGGGCUGGCACGCAUGAAAGAAAGUGCCCUCAUGUUGGCAUCUUUUGAACGAACCGCGGAUCACCUCUUUGAUGCCGCCUAUUACGGACAAGUGGAUGACGUUGUGGGCGUCAGCGAAAGUAUCAUCUUAGGUGUGCCAAUGGGUGUAGGAACUGGAUUCUUCCAGGUGUUACAUAAAGUGGAUUGGAGCGUGCCCAAGGCACCGCGAAGUCUCGUGUUUGAUCGGAGCAAUUUUCACAUCAACUUUUCUUCCGUUACGUGACUCAUUACUGUUAUAGGUGUAUUAAAUAAGACUUUGUUUGUU